AUGCAAAGACUGCCGAUUCAGAGCACUGGGGAGGCGCCAAUGAAGGGAAGCACAGGUUGCUACGAAUUCCCUUCUGACCUUAAGUCUUCCCUUGUCAAACUCUUGAAGAAGGUCAAGUUCGAGGAGAAAAAGGGAGUUUCGAAGUUGUUCCGCAAGCCAAAGGAACCGCUGCAGCCCCUCGACGACCAGGAAGGGGUGGAGGGGGAGGCAGUGAAGGACUACGUGGACGUCAGUUACACUUCAGUUACAAAACAAUCGCGUGGACCUACAUGGGACGAGGACGAGGACGAGGACGACUUUGACGACGACGUCGGGCAGACUCCUUCGACCCCCCAUGGCAUAGGAUUCGUCGGGACCCACAUCGAGACGAUCAAAGAGGUUCUAACAGGCAGCCCAACUUUCUACAGCCAAAUAUUGCGGUCGCUGCACGAAAUCCUGAAUCGACUUCCGGAGUUCAGUCCGAAGAAGGUGACGUGUUACGGGAGUGGAAUAGGAGUCAACGCGUACGCUGUACGUGCCGCCUGGCCCCACUCUAACAUUCUGAUCCAUUGCAUCGAACCUUCACAUCAGCGAAUGGAUAUCGGAAAGCAUGUGACAGAAGGGUUCCAUAAUCUCGUUUGGUCAAGUGAGCUGGAAAUCGAAAGAAAUUCUGCUGUGAGGCAACUUGAUCCCUUGCAUUCAAAGAGUAGCAAGGACUUCUAUGGGGAGCUUGUCUUGGACACCAAAAAAUCCACGGAACCGAAGACUGAAGUCCUAGAAACUCUUGAAGAGCAGUCAGACCUUGUUAUCGUCGAUCUUUCCUCGUUCUCAUUGCCAUCGGAUGCUCAAUGGGACGUGAUCCAACGAUUGAAGAAAAGGUGCAAGGGAGUGCUCUUGAUCAAGUCAAAUCUUCGUUUUCGUCCUUAUCUUGACUGGAAGUUCUCCUACGUGGCAUUCUGCCACAAGUCGAUGAUGGAGGGCUUCACUGACAGGGUCAACUGGGGAAGGAUCGUUUCAAACCCACAGAAACGCAAGGGGCACGUCAUCCUGAGCCUGUGCAAUGCAGACGGGGGGGCAGAGAAGCGCAUUGUCGCCAAGUCGCACGGGGAGGAGUAUGGAUAUCGCUGUGCCAGGAAGAGCGAAUGGGGAGAGCCUUUCCUCUAUGACAAGAAGCCAAAGUCGGCCAAGUCUAAGAAGCGCAAGGGUACGGUUGACGUUGAGGCUGUAGAGGACGACGAGGUGCAAAUCUCCGCAUGA